AUGGCAAAUAUUUGCUUCUUGUCACAAUCAGACUAUGAUCCUUACAACGUGACAAAUCUUCCAGAUUCAGUCAACCCGAUCCGCACCGCCAUUUCUAUUGUCAAUGGUGUAGCGUCUCCUCUAACAGUCGUUAUAAAUGCGCUGAUUUCUUGGUCAGUUCUUGGAGAUGAAGAUCUUAGAUCCUCUUCGUUUAAUAUUUUACUGGUGGCUCUAGCAGUGACUGAUUUUCUAGUAGGUUUGCUGGUUCAACCCAUCUUUUCAUAUUACCAGAGUUGUCUUGUAAACAAUUGUUAUUCACCUUGUACCUACACGCUUUAUAUUCUGUCAGUCUUGACCUUCGCUGGUCUGUCAGUCUGCACGUUGACAUUGGUGAGUUUGGAAAGAUACCUUGCUAUUGAACAUCCCAACUUUUACCGCAAGAUGAUUACAGCAAAGAGAGUCAUGUUAGGAACGAUGAUUUACUGGGCAAUCAAUCUAACUCUUUUGAUAAGUGCUACAGUUUAUGGGAUAAAUAACAACAGAAACCUAUUAAUGGUCCCACCCAUGAUAUUCAUAGGUCUCAAUAACCUGGUUAUGUUAUACUGCGGUAUCAAAGUACAAGUGACAGCUUACCGCCAGCGUAGAACCAUCGCCCUACAGCAAGAAUCAGUUCAGCAGCCCGACGAACAGCAACGACAACAAGAACGACUCAAAGAGUACAAACGAGUGUUCAUGACGACCAUAUUAGUGAUCGUGUCGAUUCUAUUUUACGUUCCUUUCAUCAUAAUCGCAGUAAUACAAGCCGUCAAGAGUAAAGAUGUCAUGAGAGAUCUAACUUAUAUCGACAUACCUAUCUGUCUGACAUUACUUCAUGUCCAGUCUCUUAUCAACCCAAUCCUCGUCUCACUGCGUCUAUCUUACAUUCGUACAAGCAUCAAAAACAAACUAGUAAGUUGCUUUAAUAGCUACUGA